GUUGUCGAAAUAUGAUUAGAAAAAAACACAAGUACAUAGUCUCUAUUUAGUAACGGGUAAUUUUCUAGCACAAAAUUCGAACACAAACACCCCCGAAUACAUUCGAAAUUAUUGUGUUUACACCGCGGUUAGCCGCGCCAGGUGAUUCCGCUCUGCCCCGGAAAGAGGCCUAGAAAUCGACAUCAAAAACUGCACAACUAAAUAAAAUCCAAGCCAAGUUGGGAAAGGAAACAAUUUGGUCCCACCGGCUGAAGCCUGGGCUGUUGAUGGGUGCCGUGAAUAUUUGCUAAAAUUCUAAUUCUAAAAUGGACAGGAAGGACACACACCACCAUCGCAGUCAGCAGACGGCGACCAAAUCGCAUUACGCCAUCAGAAUGGGAGUCCUGGAAAAAUCGGCGACCAACAUGGGCGCCACGAUUGUGAAUGCGGAAUCCUCAACUAAUUAUCACCAAAAUCGGUACUACAACGAACGGCAAAGUGGUAUGGCUUCCGGAAUUCAACCCUCCGUCUCUGGCUAUUUGCAACAACAGGUAUUAACUCAUCAGUUGCCCAAGCCCCAUGUUGAUCUCAAUGAAAAGCUGGCCAAGAUCAGUCGUCAUAAUGCCCACAAAGAACUGGCUGCCAUGCAGGCGAGAAAUAUGCAGGCCAUCGACAAAAACGAAGAGGCCUUGAAGGACCUCCAAGCGAGCAUUCCGGAAAUACACAAAAUCUUCGACGUACACUGCCGCAUCGGAAGUGGCACCUUCAGCACAGUUCUCCUGGGCACUCUGCAGCGCGAACGGUGCCUCGUGGAAACCCAGAGGAGGCGGUUCGCCAUCAAACAUCAUAAUCCCACAAGCCAUCCGGAGAGGAUUCUCAGGGAACUGGAGUGCAUGUUUCGCAUCGGCGGAGUGGACAAUGUGAUUGGCAUUAACUGCUGCAUAAGGUACAACGAGAACGUGGCCUUUGUGAUGCCCUAUAUGACCCACGACCGAUUUCACGACAUCUACAGGAGUCUGAGCUUUCAAGAGGUGCGUGACUACUUGAGGAACCUGCUCAUUGCCCUGCGCCAUGUGCACAAAUUCAAUGUGAUUCACCGGGAUGUGAAGCCGAGCAACAUCCUAUUUAACCGCCGAACCGGCAAGUUUUUGCUCUGUGACUUCGGCUUGGCUCAGCGGAUCGCCGAAGAUGGCAGUCUCAUUCAGUCGAAUGACCUGAGUUCUAGGGAGGCUUUCAGUUUUCUGAGGGAGGUGGAAAGCGGCAGGAACCUUAUGCUGGCCGACGGAAAUUCUGCCCAGGCCGAGGCCGAUGAUUACCUGGCCAGCCGAAGGAUGCGGGCCUUGGGCGGCGGCGGCGGUGUCGAUCAUGCUCUGCCAGGACCUCCAAGUAUGCAGAAACUGCGGGAACAGACGGGGGGUCACUUGACCAAGAAGGACAUGGCCUACCAGAAGGCCGACACCAUCAGGCUGCUCAACCGCCUGCGACUCAUGAGCCCGAACGUGGAUCCCAACAACUACGUGGUCUCUACGAACACCUCGAAGAAGGAAAUGCACGCCUCCCGAGCAGGAACACCAGGCUACAGGCCACCAGAGGUGCUCCUCCGGUAUCCCCAGCAAUCCACUGCGGUGGAUAUCUGGGCUGCUGGCGUCAUAAUGCUCUCGUUGCUCUCGGCUCUGCACCCGUUUUUUAAGGCCCCCCACGAUUGCGGGGCUCUGGCGGAAAUAAUCAAUUUAUUUGGCGAUAUGCCAGUGCGGAAAACUGCCUUCAUGCUGGAUAGACUGAUUUUGCUGGCCCAAAAGGUAAGCACAUUGGAUUUGCGGCGGGUGUGCAUGAGGUUUCGGUAUGCGGAUUUUUUCCUGGCCCCCGAAAUACACCGGAAAUAUCGGAGGCCAGAUGGAAGCACCGAAAUGUGCCGGAGCUGUGAGCAGCCCACCUUUAAUUGCCUGUGCAGCAACAGUGGGCACAACCUGGAGCGCUACGAUGGGCUGGAUAUAUUUCCGGCCAACGCCUACGAUUUGCUCGCUCGCCUUCUAGAGGUUAAUCCCCAGAAGCGUAUAACCGCCGAGGAGGCCCUGAAGCACCCGUUUUUCAGCGAUCAGCAUCGGAUUGCGCCAGGCGUGCCCCUUCAUAACCAGCAGCACAUACUGCAGCAUCAGCAGCAUCUAAGAGCCAGGGAAACUCUGCCGUCAGCUGCAGCCCGAACCCUGAAGGCAUUCGUGUCCUAUCCCAUGGAACUGGCCUCCACAGCCUCACAGGCAGCGGCUAACAUCUGAUUCGGGGCCCCCACAUUGUCUCUUAUACAAAUUCCUUGGCCUCCUUGCGCUUCGAUUUGAGUCCUGGCCACCAGAGGAGAUGGAGGGUGACCCUCAUCAGCUUGUUGUGGGCAACGAAAUUGUAUUGUGCGGAAAGCAAAACAAAAAAAUUAUUAAUAUGGGCGAUGGAAAAUGUUCACGAAAUUUACAUCGAAAAUAUAAAGUAAAUUCGUUUUUGUUGAUUUCAAAUUCAUCAAGGCACCUA